CGCCGGACAACAAACAGAAACGCACAGGAGUGCAGCAGUGUUGCAGUCAGAUCGGUCCGGGUAAAGUGGGUCAAAGGUCCAGCAGACCGGAGCGGCUUCAGCUCUCGCAGAUAUCCGUCUCUCUCCCUUAGGAAAGCCCGAGCAGACUGUAAACAUGUCCAAGCAGCCGCAGCCGAUCAGCCCGCUGAAGAACUUCUUCGCUGGAGGCUUUGGAGGGGUUUGCCUGGUCUUCGCCGGACACCCACUGGACACGAUCAAAGUGCGUUUACAAACUCAACCAAAACCCAAACCUGGCGAGAGCCUCCUGUAUGCUGGGACCAUAGACUGUUUUAAAAAAACUUUAGCCAAAGAGGGUAUUAAAGGACUCUAUAAAGGAAUGGCAGCCCCCAUAAUCGGAGUCACGCCCAUGUUUGCUGUCUGUUUCUUUGGGUUUGGGCUGGGAAAGAAACUGCAACAGAGAACUCCCGAUGAUAUUCUUACGUAUCCACAGCUGUUUGCUGCUGGGAUGUUGUCUGGCGUGUUCACCACAGCUAUCAUGGCUCCUGGAGAGCGCAUCAAAUGUCUCCUACAGAUUCAAGCUUCCACGGGGGAGGUGAAGUAUGCAGGACCCAUGGACUGCGUCAAACAGCUGUACAGAGAGUCUGGAAUCAGGGGAGUCUACAAAGGCACCGCUCUGACCCUCAUGAGAGAUGUUCCAGCCAGUGGGAUGUACUUCAUGUCUUAUGAGUGGUUGAAGAAUCUCCUGACACCUGCAGGAAAAAGCCAUAACGAGCUCAGUAUUCCCAGCGUGCUGUUUGCAGGAGGGAUGGCCGGCAUCUGUAACUGGGCUGUCGCUAUUCCCCCCGACGUACUCAAGUCGCGUUUCCAGACAGCUCCUGAAGGGAAGUAUCCCAACGGUUUCCGUGAUGUCCUGCGGGAGCUGAUCAGAGAGGAGGGCGUGGCCUCUCUGUAUAAGGGCUUCAACGCUGUCAUGCUUCGAGCUUUCCCUGCAAACGCGGCUUGUUUCUUAGGAUUUGAGCUCGCAAUGAAGUUCCUGAACUGGUUGGCACCAAACCUGUGACGGAGGCUCGGCGUCACCUCGUUUGUGAUCCCUGGGAAACGCACGCACGGAUCUGAAGAGAUUUUAAAGAAUUUCUAACUUUUUGAUUGUUUCUGAAACAUUUUGGUACAGUGCAACACGUGGAUGGUUCAGACCUGCUGAGAGUCGAUUGGAAAAUGUUGAUUGGAAAAUCGUGAUGGCUUGGCUGUAACCAUGCCAACACACACACAACACACACACUCAGUCGAAUGUUCUCACUCCUUUUGU